GGCAAAUCAUCUGCCAAGCUUAUUUCAAUUUCACAUCUUUUUCUAUUUUCUUGUUUUCUUUUUUAUGGGGAUCAUCUAUUUUUCAAUGACAACUCCUCGAGUCCUCCACUUUUUUUUCAUCUACUUGGCGUAAUUUUUGUACUUUUUCGAAGCCUUUUAUCGGAUUUUGUUAUGCGUACCGGACGAAGCGAGCCGUGUCUGACUCUUGCGGGAGAAUCUCCUGCGGUGCACAGAGUUUUAAAUGAAACGAGUCAGAAGAACGGAAUGUGACAUUUUUCAACUCACCGUCAUCGUUACCGUUAAUUUAACUACGCUGUUCAUUUUGCUACGUUUUUAAACGAUUGGAAUUAUUUUGUUAUCCGUACCGGAUGAAGCGAGCCGUGUCUGACUCUUACGGGAGAAUCUCCUGCGGUGCGCGACGCGCACGCGACACGCGCAGGCAACGGGUUGUUAUUAGCACGCCUCGCGAGGCACAGUCAGUUGCCCGGAGACCAGCGUACGCGAACGUCGUAUCGAAUGUGCUCUUCGGCAGUGGUUCACGCACGUGACAUGAAGCUCGAAAGCCAAUCGUUUUAACUGCGGUGCACGUGUUUCGUACAUCGGUGUACAUUUCGAUCUAAUCGUCGCAAUGGGGCUGAAAUGCUUAAGGGUCGUCCGCAGCUUUUUGUUACUGUUGGCGGCGAUAACGAGCGCAAGUGCGUCAAAAUGCACCAGACUCAUAGACGGGACGACAAUGCCGCGUUCCAAUGCAAACGGGAAGUACCAUCUCUCCAUCACGCUGUUCAAUCGAACGGAAAUGGUGUUCUCGUACAUGCCCAACACCAGAUACACUGUGACCGUGCAAACAGACAACAGUGGAAUGAUACCACGAAAGUUCACGCGGUUCCUGAUAUCCAGCGAGCCGGAAACCGAAGACGAAAUCGCGAACGGCGGUAUUUUCGAUCUCUACGACGAAUCGCUAACCAGGUACUCGGAAAUUUGCCCGAACGCGGUGGUGGAGACCUCGAAGGUGCCCAAGGAGGAGAUCUCCGUGACCUGGACCAGUCCUUCAGAAGGUAGCGGUUGCAUAUUUAUCAGGGCAACGAUAUUGGAAACGCCGGAUACCUGGUACAUGGACGAUCCGAGCUUAGUCACGAAGCUGUGCCAAGACUCGAAAGCAGAAGCGGACGAUCAGGGGCCGGUGUUGCAGGAGUGCUACGCCUGCGACGAGGCCAAGUACGAAGUUACUUUCGAGGGACUUUGGUCCAGGAACACCCACCCCAAGGACUUUCCCAGCAAGGGCUGGCUGAUUCGUUUCUCGGACGUAAUUGGGGCUUCGCACACGGUAGAUUACAGAUUCUGGAACUACAACGGGAUGGCCAGUGCCGGAUUAAGACAAGUGGCUGAACUUGGGUCGACCAGAAAAUUGGAAUCGGAAUUAAAAGACCAGAGUGAGCAUAUCAGGACUAUUAUCAAAGCCAGAGGAAUAAGUUAUCCCAACGUCACCGGGAAAACCUUUGCCGUCUUUCGCGUCGAUCGGAAGCACCAUCUCAUGUCCUUAGUAUCUAUGCUUGAUCCUUCCCCGGACUGGAUCGUCGGCGUUUCGGGUUUGGAGUUGUGUCAGGCUAAUCGCACCUGGAUAGAACACAAGGAACUCAAUCUCUAUCCCUACGACGUGGGCACUGAUGACGGGAUCACGUAUUUAUCGCCAGAUUCGCCGCGGGACGAGCCAGAGCCCAUCAGACGCAUAACGUCGACCUAUCCGGACGAUCCAAGAUCACCAUUCUACGAUCCUCUCGGUUCGGACAUGAAACCCCUGGCCAAGUUGUAUCUGAAUCGACAGAGACUCUACGAGAAAACUUGCGACGACGCUCCGGAGGAUUCCACCGAUACAGGUGUCACACCUACACCUAUUCGCAAAAAUAAAGCCUGCAGGCCGUCGCAGUGGGGUUCUUGGGGCCCUUGUUCCGUGACGUGCGGUCGUGGCACCAAGCUCAGGCAAAGACAAUAUCGAGACGAAGCCGCUGCCCAUCUGAACAAGUGCAACACCACCCUUACCGACAGAGCGCACUGCUACGGCAAGAAUCCCCAUUGCAGAGCAGGACCCUCGGCAGCGCUCCUGGACAACCCGAUGUGCGCCCUGGACGAGUGGAGCAAGUGGAGUUCCUGCACGACGAGCUGCGGACCGGGUCACAUGACCAGGUCUAGGAACUUCCGGGAGAAGAAGCAUCGGAAACAGUGCAAAGCCAUCCCCGACGGGCCCGAACUGCAACAGACAAUCGACUGCGAUAACGAUCCGUGUCCCGACGAGGACGGGGACGAGGUAAGAGAUGUGUCUAAUCAGGAGGAGGAGGAGGAGGAGGAGGACACUGAUAACGACGAAGACAAGGGCGACGGAGAGGAUUACGAGGGAGAGGAACCGGCGAUGGAGGUAACCGAGGAAUGGCUGCAGAAAUGCCCCGAGGAUCGCUUCACGCAGUGGUCGCUGUGGUCGCCCUGCAGCUCCAGUUGCGGUCCCGGUGUCCAAAUGCGAUCCAGGCUAGUCGAUAAAAACUGGAGCAGCCUCGGAGACGUGGACGACGACUUGAGCCUGGAGGAGUGCAAGGUCCAACAGGCUGCUUGCGUAGCCAAUGUUCCUACGUGCGACUUCUCGAAGAAGGAAGCGGAACACAUCUGCAGCGAACCGUUGAAGAAGGGACGAUGCGGUGGCAACACUUUACGCGCGUACUUCGACACACAAACGGGCCGUUGCCGUUUGUUCAGGUACACCGGCUGCGACGGAAAUCGAAACAACUUCCAAACCGAGCAGGACUGCAAAAAGGUCUGCGGCGAUUUUCAAAGAGAGUCAAAGACGAAUUCGUCAACGGUAUUGAGGAACUAUAAAGUAUCCGUGAGCAGUGUUCUCAGCUACCAUGUACCCACGCAGGAGCAACGCAGCACGAAGACGAAACGAGCUCACCACGAAAGUUUGGAAUUCAAGGGCAUGGAACCAGUCAGCCAAGUAAUAGAAUCGCACGAGAACGAGGAUGUCGACUGUCAGGUAACCGAGUGGAGUAAUUGGUCCAAAUGUGCAGGAUGCCGUGGAUACACAGUCAGUACUAGAGAGAUCACGGUACCACCUAAGGGCAAUGGUAAAAACUGCCCGAAAAAGCUUCACCGCAAACGGAAGUGCCACAAGAUUCCACCAUGCUCCCUGCAAGGCGACGGCCCAGGACUGCGUACCUAUCAUGACCAAAAUACAGAAGUGGAGGAAAACGAAAUUUCAGUUAAUUGUAAAAUGACACAGUGGUCCUCUUGGGGGCGUUGCACGGCAACCUGCGGAGAAGCAUCCCAGUGCAGGACAAGAACGGUCAAAGUUCAACCUCGCGGGCCUGAAGGGAAACUGUGCCCCGCUCUGGUGGAAUACAGAAAGUGUCAGACAAUCGAGUGUCCGUAAUAAUGUUUAUCCGAACUUUUUACAUAUCCAUUUUCUAUUUCGCUCGUACCUUGAAUAUUAUUGAAUCUCACAUUUUACCUGGAACGUGUCGUGUAUCAUUAGAUCAAGUGCGAUGAAUAUUUAACAUUAAAAGACAGAACCUUGUAUAAUAACAGUAUGCGUAUUUUAAAAAAUACUGUUUGCAGGUACCAUGGAUAUAUACGACAAUCAAUGGAAAUUUUACAAAUAGUUGAAUCAAAUAUGAUACGUUAUAGUACGCGUUUUUAAAGCGCUUGAUAAACUGAUACAUACCGUUCACAAAUUGGAAACUUUAUUUAAUUAUUUUUAUGAUUUAAUAAUAUAACGUUCGAAAUGAUGCAUCUGAAUCAACCUAUUGUGAUGUAAUAAUAUUAUCAUUUGAUCAAAAACUGCAUUAAAAGAACAAGUUAGUCUUCUUUAUACAUAGAAUAGACGUUAAUAGAAAAUAUUUAUACUGAAAUCUUAAAUCGACUAGUCUAAUGUAACGCACAGAGCAAUGUGCCACAUUUCAUUUAAUUAUGUAUCUGUUAUAAAUCUUUUAAAAAAUCAAUUGAUGUUUAAUAGGUUUCCCAGUCAAAGGAGACUGCAUUUUAAUUAAUUACAGAAAAAUGAAGAUAAACGUUGAUAAAUAUGAAUAAUAAAAUAAUUGAUCGCAUUAUAACCAAGCUAAAAAUUCGUAAUAAAUAUUUAGAAGUGCA